CCAGAAAAUACCGCGGAAAACCUCGCACGUCUUCGCCGCCAUGUGGAGAACGAGGUGCCAGAAGCGAUUACGCAUUUGGGAAAUGCGUACCGUGUCGGUCGGUUCAGCCUCGUGAAAUCCGAUAAGAAAGCCGGGAAGAUUUACCGGCGCGCCGUGGAGCUCGGCGACGUGGACGCGAUGGUAUUCCUGGGGGAAAUGCACGAGCUUGGAAGUGGCGUCAAGCUGGACAAGAAGAAGGCGGCGUGGCUGUUUCGCAUGGCUGCGGACCGGGGCGACGCGGAUGCGCAAAACAAUUUAGGGCUUUUACUUUCCUCUGAGGAGAAACAUGAAGAAGCGUUCCGGUACUACGCGCUCGCGGCGAAUCAAGGUUUAACCGCUGGGGAGACCAACCUUGGCAUGUGUUACGGGCACGGAGAAGGCACGGAAGUCGAUUUCGGCAAAGCCAGAUACUGGUUCGAGCGCGCCGCUGCCAAGGGCGAGGAGCAAGCUAUAGCGAACCUCGCGCUCCUC